AUGGAUGGACUAGGUAACACCAAUGUCGCCAAACACAUCCUAUUACAGAUAUCGCGCACAGUCGCGGCGCAGUCUGCACAACAUUGGGCAUCCAUUGGAAGACUCGGUGUCACAGGCAACCUUUACCAGCCUCUUGGCCCAGCCAACAGAAGGAAGGACUCCCAGCACAAACGAGGAAUGUGA